AGCUCACACUUUAUUAAAUAACAGAAAUAUUCCUUAAAACUCUCUCUCUCUCCUUUGUCAUCUUGUGCGACUCCAUGAAUGACGUAGGAAGAAACUUCCUUUCUGUUCACCUCUGAAACACUAAUAUGGUAUCAGAGCGUUGAGCACAAGCUCAACAUCGUUUUCUGCUCUUUCUUUUGAGCUCCGUUUUGUGACCUUUCGUCGAUCUCUGUUUCUUUUGUCGUGUUGCUUCGUCGAUACGAUGGUGGUUGCUCUCCGUCGUUCUCGCCGUUCUGGUCGUUCUACACGCGCCGGUAGCUCGAAUCCAAACCCUGGAGGCUCCCCUUCACACUCUGAAGCCGUUGCAGCCCCGCUUGUUCCGGAUCCGUACGCUCUUUCCGUCGUGAUGAAUCCAGACAGUGUUCACUCGCCGUUGUUUCUUCAUCACGCCGAUCAUCCCGGGUUGUUGAUCACUUCCCUUACUCUGGAUGGAUCAAACUACACCCAGUGGUGCUCUGCGAUGAAGAUCGCUCUCGAUGCGAAGAACAAGAUCACUUUUGUUGAUGGGUCUCUCCCUCGUCCUAAUUCCGCUACUCCUCUGUUUCGGAUCUGGUCUCGUUGUAACAGCAUGGUAAAAUCUUGGCUUCUCAACUCGGUUUCCUCUCAAAUCUAUGGUAGUAUUUUGUCGUUUGAUGAUGCGACUGAGAUAUGGACUGACCUUCAUAAUUGUUUCCAUAAGACGAAUCUACCACAGACUUUUCAGUUGAUUCAACAGAUUCAGGAUCUCCGCCAAGGCUCCAUGGAUCUCUCUGGGUAUUACACUACUCUCAAGACCCUUUGGAACAACUUGGACGGCACAGAACCUCCUGAAACCUGUCUCUGUUGCAAUACAACGAGUUGUCUCAGCCAGCGUACAGCCAAAGCUAAGAUUGAACGAGGCAGAACCAUCAAGUUCUUGGCUGGUCUUAAUGAGAAAUAUUCUAUCAUUCGUAGUCAGAUUCUCAUGAGAAAGCCUCUUCCUGAUCUUGCGGAGAUUUGUAACAUCUUAGACCAAGAUGAUAGCCAACGCCAGUUCAAUUCUAUCAUCGCUCCCGCUGCCUUUCAAGUUAGUCAUGGGACAUCUCAGCCUACUGUGCUACCUAUGUCUUCUAACUCUGCUCCGUCUGCUUCACUUGGUGGUGAUUCAAACGCUUCUCAACAAGGCGCGGUGAAUGCUUUUCAAAGGAAACCUGGACCAGUUUGUGCUCACUGUGGAAACAUUGGUCAUGUCAUUGAUCGCUGUUACAAGCUCCAUGGAUAUCCAGUUGGUUGGAAGAAAAGGAGAUCAAACACUGAUAGGUCUUUGCAGCCAAAGGCUCUUGUCGUUGCAGCUAGUGUUGCCGUUCAGGAUUCACCCUCAGUUGUUUCUGGUCUUGAUAAUCUCGUUGGCAAGCUGAACAAGGACCAAAUUCAGAACUUUAUUGCUUACUUCAGUUCUCAGCUUCAACCUGAUCGUGGUACUGCUUCUCCUUCUGUGUCUCAGCCCACUGACCACUCUGGAUCCUAUCAGGGGGUCGAUGAUUGGAAGCGGUAAACGGAUUGUGAACCUGUACGUCCUGGAUGUUGCUGAUACAAGUGCUGCAGCUCCUGUUUCUUCUUCUUCCUUUACUAAUAAUGUUGUAGAUGCUUCCAUUUGGCACCAACAUUUUGGACACAGUUCUUUUGAGCGUAUAGAACUUCUCUCUGAUGUACUUGGAUUUUCAAAGACAAAGAAUAAAUGAUUGAUGCAUUGUGAAGUC